GGAUCGAGCGUUCAUGGAGAUUGGUGGUCAGACGGAGAGCGGUGCCAAUGGAGGCGGCGGCGGCGGGUUCCGGGCGGCGAGGUGCUGGGAGCUGCUCCGCUGGGCGGCGGGCGUGCUCCGGGGCAAGGCCGUCGGGCUCGCCGGCAGGCUGGGCAGGAUCGCGAGGGACGAGCCCCGGCGGGUGGCGCACUCGGUCAAGGUCGGCCUGGCGCUCACGCUGGUGUCCGUGCUCUACUACGUCAGGCCUCUGUUCAACAGCUGGGGGGCCUCCACCAUGUGGGCCGUGCUCACCGUCGUCGUCGUCAUGGAGUACACCGUCGGUGGCACGCUGUGCAAAGGCCUGAACAGAGCGUCGGGGACGCUGGUCGCCGGCUUCAUCGCCGUCGGGGCUCACAAGGUGGCCUACAUGUGUGGGGACAAGGCAGAGCCCGUACUGCUCGCCAUCUUCGUCUUCUUACUGUCGUCGGCGGCGACGUUCUCGCGGUUCAUCCCGGAGGUGAAGGCGCGGUACGACUACGGCGUGACCAUCUUCAUCCUCACCUUCAGCCUGGUGGCCGUGUCGAGCUACCGCGUCGACGAGCUCAUCCGCCUCGCGCACCGCCGCUUCUCCACCAUCGCCGUCGGCGUCGCCACCUGCCUCUGCACCACCAUCUUCGUCUUCCCGGUCUGGGCCGGUGAGGGCCUCCACAAGCUCGCCAUCGCAAACCUCAACAAGCUGGCGGAGUUCUUGGAAGGAAUCGAAUCUGAAUGCUUCAGAGAGAACGCUACAUUCGAGAAUUUGGAAGCUAAACCCUUUCUCCAAGUGUACCAGAGCGUCCUCAACUCCAAGGCCACUGAAGACUCUUUGUGCAACUUCGCCAAGUGGGAGCCAUGCCAUGGCAAAUUCAAAUUGCGACAUCCAUGGAGCCAAUACCAGAAGCUCGGCGCUCUUUGUCGCGAGUGCGCUUCUUCAAUGGAGGCUCUCUCCUCCUACGUCGUCACCCUAGCAAGAACCGAGUAUCCUGAAGCGCAUCCGGAGCUAUGCUCACAGCAGGUUCGAACAGCAUGCCGCCAGAUGAGCUUGCACUCGGCCAAGGCGCUCCGAGAGCUCACAGCAGCGAUGCGGACGAUGACGACUGUACCGUCCCCAGCCAGCGUCCACGUGUCUGCAGCGAUCAAAGCGGCGAAAGGCCUCAGAGACGGGUUAUCAGAGGGUGCGGAUCUGGCGCGAGCGAUGCAUGUUGCUGUUAUCGCAUCUCUUCUCUCUGAGUUGGUUACCAAGACCAAGCAGAUCACUGAGUCCGUUGAUGUCCUCGCGCGACUUGCCCGCUUCAGAAACCCUGAAACCACUCAGACUCACAAGGGUGUGGCUAUCGAUGUAGUGAGCUGAGAGUGAGAAGCAGACGAUCUUCGGUGGGACUUCACUAGUGAUACUCUGUAUUUGUAUCAGAAGCCUUUUGCUGAAUGGGAUAAAACAGCGAGCUAGUAUGAAGUACAAUACUAACUGUGCAUACAGC